AUGUCUAGGAAUGGCUUUCUUUCUCGCGUUACUCAGGUAUUUGAUUUCAGGAGCCGGCACCCUGGCAGCAAUGCGAUUAGUUCUGAUACUUUAUCCACGCUUCCUAAACCUUUAACAUAUUCCAAGAAGUCCAUUAUUGAUGCGAAAAGGGAUAAUACAUCGGGGGAUAAUCCUCCGUUGAAAGAAGCAGAGGAAAGACAGAAUAGGCAAUAUACCCCGCGUCUACUGACCGAGCAGCUACGUAUUCCCAGGGCUCGCGGGAAUUGCAAGGGACGGUCGCCGUGCAAUGCUUCUAUCACAACUGCCCUGGUAGAGUUGACUGCAGAUGCUCUUAGAACGAACGCCGGGAAGGAAUUGUCCACAUGGCUAUCAGUAGACAUCUUCGCACGAGUCGAUGAUUUGGAAAGCAAUUUAGACGACCAAUGCUACGCUGAUAUUCCCCUAGAUGUUAUGAUUGUCGUUGAUAAUUCUGCGAGAGUAGCGCCGGAUAUUCUAAAAGGAGCUUCUCGAACCGCAUUCCACGUUGCAUUGUCGUUGGAUAUGCUAAUUGACCGAGCCGCAAUUGGCUGCAUAUCGCCCGACGGUCAGGAAAAUUUUAACCUUAUGUUGCCCCUAGGGACGCACAGCCUGGAUGUGGUUCGAAACGUAUCUCGAGCUUUGUCAUCGUUUCAGCUUCUUUACGAUCUAGAUCAGUCGCGGCUCUCGGGAGCGCUGAAAGAAGCCUCUGACUUGCUGAUCCAACAGUCGGCUAAGUCCGCUCUUUGCCAUCUGUUUUUCAUCACUACUCGCUCGAAAAUAUCUAUUCCCGGUGUCUGGGACGAACGCCUGCGAUUUCAUACCAUAUCUCCAGAAAAUUCCGUUACGAUAAACGCUCCCACUAUGGUGGGUGGCUGGCACUUAUCCGCGAGUUUGGAUCACGAUGCGGUCGAAUCUGCUUUAAGGUCAAACCUGAAGUUGCUGAUCAGACAUCUUCGUACGGGAAUCGAUUCUGGUGUACUUUCCAACCUCUCCAUUAAACUUUCUGCCGCCAAAGAGUAUGAACUGAUCGCUCUUCUUGGGGAUACAAAACGCAAAUUCCUAAGGCCAGGCGAGACUUGGACCAUGUUAGCUAAAGUUAGGGAGCGUGGAAAGGUUGAAAAUGUCGACCAAGCCAGUUCUCUCUACUCUACAAGCCCAGAUUCCCUUUUGAUAAAGGAUUCAAUGAACACUGAGGAACUUGACGAUAUGAUUAACCAACUGCACGGAAUGCUCGAACCGAGUGCCAGAGACAUUGAAGCCCGUACCAUUGUCACCGCAAUUGUUGAAUAUGGCAAUCCCUGUUUGCCUAACACCACAAGUCUUAGAUCGGAAGGGAGAUGCGAACUAGGUUGGAUUGGUGUUCCAAUUCUAGCAGAUGGGAUGUCGAAUGCGAGAUACAGACAGGUCAAUGCUACAAGCUGCCAAGGUCAAACUACAGGACUUGGAACUCACGAGGCAAGCAUUGUUAAAGCCCGUUCGGAUUCAUGGGGUCUUGGUGUCAACUUAAUAGAAUUUGAUAACCACGACCUUGAGGAUCAGCAACCAACAAAACCCGAUGCCACUGCACCUUGCUUCGAUCCUUAUAUUUGAUUUUAGCUCAAAGGAUGAGAUGCAAGCAUGCGUUAUUACUUCUUGGUAGUUGGAUGGGGUGCUCUUUCUAGCAAUUCUAGUGUUUCAAUUUGUUUUGCAGAGCGGGGGCUCGGGGGUCACCAUGCAGAUUUACUACGAUCUGGACAUCAACGAUUUGACAGAGUGCCCUUAUGCACCUGCCAGAUGUCAGUACGAUUUUGUUGGUGUGUUCUAGAUGGAAUUGGGAGAAGUUUUGAAAAUGUCCUUUGGUCAUUAGCUAUGUCAUUAAGUCAUGUCUAUCAUGAAUACAGCAAACAGAAUAUAAAAGGGUACUCCUG